CUCAUUUCCGCGUCACCCCGGCGUCCUCAUGGCCCCCGCGGUGCCGCUGGCUGUCCUGGCGCUGGUGGCCCUGGGGCUCGGCGUGGCCCCGGGGCUCGGGUUGGCCCCCGGCUGUGAUUACCCUGCCCACCGCUGGUGCAGCUCGAGGGACACCGCUGUCGCCUGCCAGGUGGAGAGCCGCUGUCCCAGCCUCCCGCGCCCCGCGGCCGCUCCCGUGCAGCUGAGCCUGUACUACGAGAGCCUGUGCCCGGCGUGCCGCGACUUCCUGGUCAUGAAGCUCUUCCCCACCUGGCUGCUGCUGCCCGAAGAGAUGCUCAGCAUCACCCUGGUGCCCUACGGCAACGCCCAGGUAGGAGCCGGCCCUCCCGGCGCCGCGGGCUCGCCCCGGUGCUGCCGGCCCCGCUCAGACCGGUUGGUCCCGCAGGAGAGGAACGUCAGCGGCAAGUUGGACUUCAUGUGCCAGCACGGCCCCGAGGAAUGUUUGGGCAACAUGAUGGAGGCCUGUCUGAUGCACGAGGCCAAGAACUUCAGCACCUACUUCCCCGUCAUCUUCUGCCUGGAGUCGGGCAGCUCUGUCACCAAGAACCUGGAGGCUUGCCUGCAGAUCUACGCCCCGGAGGUGGACAGUGGCCGCAUCACUGCGUGCGUGCAGGGGGACACCGGGGUGGCCCUGAUGCACCACAAUGCCCAAAUGACCGAUGCACUGCAGCCCCCGCACCAGUACGUGCCCUGGAUCACCGUCAAUGGGAAGCACACGGACGAGCUGCAGGCACAGGCAGAAGCCUCACUGCUGGGACUGGUCUGUCACCUCUACCAGGUGGGACAAGGCUCUGGGUGGGCAGCAGGGCUUGGGGACGUGUCCCCAUCCCUGCUGGGACUCUAAUGGCUGCUCU